UUAUUAUAGCAGCAAGGAGAGCAGGUUCAAAUAUCAGGAUAAAAAUAAUCGUAGUGACAUGCUGCUCGGUGUGCUGAUAUUAUGUGUCUUUAGCUUCGUCAUGCCUGAAGACAAACUGGUUUCAGUUGACUUUGAGAUUUUUGGCAAUGUGCAGGGUGUUUGCUUCAGGAUGUACACUGAGGAUCAGGGUCGCAGUUUGGGACUCAGUGGUUGGGUGAAGAACACCAGACAGGGGACAGUGAUUGGCCAGAUCCAGGGACCGGCUGAUAGAAUCAACGACAUGAAACUUUGGCUGCAGAACGUUGGUAGUCCAAGCUCUCGAAUUGACCGAGCCGUUUUCUCCAAUGAAAGAGACAUUUCUAAACCAGAGAUCACGGGGUUUUCUACUCGCUACUGAGCAUGCUCUGAUUGCUUUAUAGUUACAAGAUCAUCAGCCUGCAGCUCAUCAACGGUGUCAAAUGGUUAAUUAAUGAGCAGUUGUUUAAACUCUACAAAGGAAAGAAACGAAAUUCUAAAAAAAUAUAUAUAAACUUGAGACUUUCCAAACUGCAACCAAUUAAAACCAUUUCAGUUCAAU